AAUAGAGGCGGCACGUGAAGGUGCCCUCACAGACGGAGGGGCAGCGAGAACCUCGCUGGCACUCAGCGCCUCACCGACCGACCGGGCACCCCCUGACCCCUCCGCAACCAUGAAGGCCGCCCGCAUCGCCCUGCGCUCUGCGGCCCCCCUGGCCGGGGCCGGCAGCGUCCGCAGCAGCCGCUUGCCGCGGGAGGUGGAGCAGUUCUCUCGCUUCUCGCCCUCCCCGCUUUCCAUCAAACAGCUGCUGGACUUCGGCUUGACUAAUGGAUGUGAGAGGACUUCCUUUGCGUUUUUGCGCCAAGAGCUCCCUGUGAGGUUUGCGAACAUACUGAGAGAAAUUGAACUUCUUCCUGAUAAAUUGCUAAGCACCCCAUCAGUGCAGUUAGUGAAAAGCUGGUACAUCCAAAGUCUAAUGGAGCUGGUUGAGUUCCAUCAGAAAAGCCCAGAUGACCAAAAAGUCUUAUCUGAAUUUAUAGAUACAUUAAUUAGAGUUCGAAACAGACAUCAUGAUGUAGUCCCUACAAUGGCACAAGGAGUAAUUGAAUACAAAGAUAUGUUUAAAGUAGAUCCUGUCACCAAUCAAAACAUUCAGUACUUUUUGGAUCGUUUUUACAUGAGCCGCAUUUCCACCCGGAUGCUAAUGAACCAACACACUCUUCUUUUUGAUGAUAAAUCCAGAUCAAGUCACCCGAGGCACAUUGGAAGUAUUGAUCCUUGCUGUGAUGUUGUUGAGGUAGUGAAUGAUGCUUUUCAAAGUUCCAAGAUGCUGUGUGACCAGUACUACUUAACAUCUCCAGAACUGAAGCUUAACCAAGUAAAUGGAAAACUUCCAGGAGAACCAAUUAACAUUGUCUAUGUUCCGUCUCAUCUUUUUCACAUGCUUUUUGAGCUCUUUAAGAAUUCAAUGAGAGCAACAGUUGAAUUUCAAGAGAACAGUCCUUCCCUCUCUCCAGUUGAAGUAACAGUUGUUCUCGGAAAAGAAGACCUGGCCAUUAAGAUCUCUGACAGAGGAGGUGGUGUUCCAGUAAGGAAAAUUGAGCAGCUGUUUAGCUACAUGUAUUCCACAGCACCAAGGCCAAGGAUGGAUGAUGGUCGACAAACUCCUCUUGCUGGCUUUGGAUAUGGCUUGCCAAUUUCCCGUCUAUAUGCCAAAUACUUCCAAGGAGACCUAAAUCUCUACUCCAUAUGUGGCUAUGGAACAGAUGCUAUUAUCUACUUGAAGGCCCUAUCAACAGAAUCGGUAGAAAAACUUCCAGUUUUUAACAAAUCUGCUUCCAAACAUUACCAAGUAACUUCAGAGGCAGAUGACUGGUGCAUCCCAUGUAAAGGCCCAAAGCAGACUGCAGCACUCUGAAGAGAAGUGGAUAUCCAAGGCAUCCAAAGGGAUCAAGCUGGCUUAUCAGAGACUAGUGUUUGGAAGUACUCAUCUACCUCCAAAAGGGCAAAUUCUUCCAUUUCAGGACUGUCAGAAGAGGAAGAAGAUAAAGAUGUUAUAGCCUAGGCUGUAUACAUUAAAUGUAAAAUCUUGCUGUGGACUCCAGACUGAAGAAAAUAGAAGUGCAUAUGUCUUUAAAGAAGAGAUAUGUGUAUGGAGGAAACUCAGGCUAUUUUUGUUGUGAUCAAAGACUGUGGUUAGAGGUGUGCAAUUUGAGUCCUGUCUAAUGCUUGAAUUCUGACACUGAUAAAUAUCAGUUAAGCUGGUAUAUAUUUUUCUCCUAGAAUAGAUAUCAGCAGCUCAUCUUACAGAAUUCCUCAGGUUGAUAGAUGCACCUGUACUUUAAAGCUGCAUUUAGAACAUCUGGAAAAUAUCCACUUUCCUUACUAUGAGACUACCAUGCUAUAAACAGCAUCUGAAUAGAAUGGAGGGAGGGAGCCCUUGCCAAGUAGGAAGAAAGUGUUCUCCACACGUAAGGAAGUCACAUCUUAACAAAAGGAACAACCCUAUAUUCCAGUAAUCAUUCUUAAGUGCUGUCUUGCUUUGAGUUACACUCAAGAAGUUGUUUCUUCAAGCUGUUCACGGGAAAGCUAGUGAAGUAAGGCUCCUGUGCAUAAGGUAAAUAAGAAGAGAGAUUUUAACGAGGUAACUUGCUAUUAACAGCCAUAAGGUUGGCCUGCAUCUAGCCUCUAUCUCAGUGCUCAGGAAAAUAUGUGCCAAGUAAGUUAGGAUUUUCCAGGAACUGAAGUUGGGCGUACAAGUUGAAAUGAAAGGUUUUGGUGAUUCUGUGUUAUGCAAGCAUGACAUGGGAAACAGUAUAUUUAAAAUGUCAUCCUGUGAUUCCUUUUCGUUAGUCUGUUAGAUGACUAAUGGGCUCAGUGCACUAAACCAACAUCUGUCUACUGCAUCUUUGUCAACCGUGUAUUGGACCAUGCUGUGUCAAAGUACAUGGGGAUUUUAUACUUUGAGAGCUGUGAUGGGCACUGAAAGUCUGUUAGGUUUUCAGGAAGAGGAGUGUUGGAGUAGAGUGUUCUAAGAACUGUCCUUUGUAGUGGAAAGGUCUUAAGAAAUGAGAUUGACAAUAUCAACAGCACUGAAAACUAUGUAACAACUUUUAGGAACAGCAGAAGGGGGAUUGCCACAGGAGAAGUGCCAGUGGGAGAGAGCUGUUGAGGAAAUGGUCCAUUCUUAAAGCUUCUACCUUUCCUAUCUUUGUGGAUUUUUUUUUCCCUCCUCAUAAGCAAAGUAAUGGAAUUUCCUCAAAGGAAUGGAAAUUGCUCAACUGGUCAAAGUUUAUCAGGGCUGUAUAAUGUUACUUGAAUUUUUAUUGACUAACUAGCAUCAUUAUCUUAAGUGUACAUGAUCCUUGGAAGGAAGUUGCAAAUACAGUAUUCAAGGCAUCCUGCUCAGUGAUGUAAAAGUUUUCUUAAGCAGAUUUGUAUUUGGGCAGGAAGCUACUCCACACUCUACUGUGAAUAGCAAAUGAUUUUUUAAUAGCUGUAAGAGAAAGCUAGAUCUACCUUUUGUGUUCUAAAGGCUUUUUUGGGGGUAGAUUUCUCAAUGGAAAAUGAAGUAAUACUUGGUUCAUUUAUUUCAAAAACUAAGUGAUAAUUACUGAGCAUAUUGACUUAAAUACUGCAUUGAGGCCACUCUUAUUCCAGUGAAUAAGCUGCACUCACCAAAGGUCACCUGUUCAGGACUAUUUUUACUCAAUCAGUGAAUGAAAUGGAUAACAAAACUGAAAUAUCUUUGUCUAGAAAAUACAGGUGUGGAAAAAACUGCUUUCACUGCCAUAAUAUACUUGAAUACUUCGACCUUGUAUUGAAUAUAAGGUCACAAAAAUAUGUCUAGAUAGUUAUUGUUUAGUAAACACAAUACCUCUUUGUCUGCACUCAGUAAUGAUUGUGAUUUACGAUCUUGUGAUAGACUGUAGAUCUGUAGCAUAGCUUCAGCUACUGCAGGUUGGAGCUGUAAUGUCUGUUUUAAAAGCAUCUGAAGCAUGUGGGUGCUGUAAACGAAUGUCUAAUAGUGCUUGCAGAUAGAGGCGUUCUGGAUAAGUAUAAUCUUGAAGUUGUAUAUGCAGAACAUACAAUGAAGACGAUGUGUGUAGCACUUAAGGAAGCCUUAUGGAGUCUCCUUUAGUAUUAAAAACUAGUCAAGGGUUAUCUCCCUAGAUAGCAUUUUAUCUUUUUCAGCCUUUACUGAAUUUUUAUUCCUGGAAAUAAAGUUGUAGUUUUAAGCCUUUUACUUGUUUGUAGAUAUGGAAAUAAUUUUAUAAUAAAAUCUUUUUAAUGAUUG